AUGGCCACAGUGAAGUUAAUAAAGUACAGUUUAAUUCGUGGUUCAUUGGUGUUGAUAUCGAUCUACGUGAUAUCUCCAGCCAAAAUCUAUCUAAAACGAACGUCACUUACUACUACUACUACUACUACUACUACUACUACUACUACUACUACUACUACUACUACUACUACUACUACUACUACUACUACUACUACUACUACUACUACUACUACUACUAAAAGGCUGACUAUCAGUAUAAACAUCAGUAAGCUUAAUUCUUGA